GGAAACAGUGAAAACACAAGCAUGGCAGGACCGACUGGCAGAACGGUGGUUUUCGUGACUGGGAACGUGAAAAAACUGGAAGAGGUAGUUCAGAUCAUUGGUGAAAGAUUUCCCUACAAACUAAUUUCCAAGAAGAUUGACUUGCCUGAAUAUCAGGGGGAACCAGAUGAAAUUUCCAUACAGAAAUGUAAAGAAGCAGCGAGGCAGGUGGAUGGGCCAGUGCUGGUAGAAGACACCUGUCUGUGUUUCAAGGCAUUAGGAGGAUUACCAGGGCCUUACAUAAAAUGGUUCCUGGAUAAACUGAAGCCAGAGGGACUGUAUAAAUUGCUGGCAGGUUUUGAGGAUAAAUCAGCCUGGGCACUGUGUACAUUUGCAUUCUGUGCUGGAAAAGAGGAGCCAGUUCAGCUGUUCAGAGGAAUUACUGAGGGCCGUAUUGUUGAGCCCAGGGGCCCGAGGGAUUUCGGGUGGGAUCCCUGCUUUCAGCCUGAUGGGUAUGAGAAAACGUAUGCUGAGCUCCCUAAAGGAGUGAAGAAUAGCAUCUCCCAUCGGUACCGCGCACUGGCAGCCUUGUCGGAACACUUUUCCCAUCUUAACGACGUACCAGAGACCAAGCGCACAAAGCACGAGACUGAGUAGUUCUUUUUCAAGCUGAUUCGACCAAUCAGAAUUCAUUUUGGCUCAAAAUGAAAUAGUCCAAAGAAAGAAAGAAAGUUCAAAAAUUAAUAGUUCAAUGAGCUGGUUGAAAAAUAUUUUAAUGAAAUUAUUUGUUUAAAAAUCACUGUGUACUGAUAUCUUCCUGAUCUCUUUUUUUUUUUUUUUUUUUUUUUAUUUAAAAAUUAUUUUAUUUGGCAUAUUAGCUAAAAGGGUCUCAUUACUUGACAAUGUGUUUGAAAACCAGAUUUAAAACCAGUUUGAAAACCAGAUUGUUCAUAAAAGUGAGCUAAACCAGGCUUAACCUCAUUUUGGGGACAUUUGCGAUUUUCAUAAUUGGAAAAUCAAUUCAUAAAUAAAGCAAAAUUCGUGUGUGUGUGUGCGUGCGUGCGUGCGUGCGUGCGAUAGAGACUGAGGACAGUGGGAAUUGAGUGUCUUAAAUCUUCAGGAUGUUCUUGUGACACCUCAUGUUUGUUCAUCUGUACCCCGCACUGGGGGGACGUAACUGUAUUACAGUUAUAUUAUCUGUGGUUUGCGUUUCUCAUUAUUAAUGGCAUACAGUCAGUGUUUUCACUGCUGUUUCUCGCAUUCUCUCUCUCUCUCUCAUUCACUCACUCCCUCUUUUUCUCUUCCUGUCCCUUAAUGUCUUGUGACAAAGAAACAUUUACAUUCACAUGGAUGUAUUUGAUUGCAGUACUGCAUCCACCCAACUCUCCUCUAAAAAGUUUUGAGAAAAAAAAAAAAGAGCCUUCGCCAAUUCUAUCGCUCAUACUUGGAGUAGGGGAUUGGAAUAGUUCACACAAAAAUGAAAAUUCUCUCAUAAUUUACAGGACACAUCUCAGAUGUGUAUGACUUUCUUUCAUCUGCAGAACACAAAUUACGAUGUUCAGAAGAAUAUAUCAGGCUCUGUUGGUCCAUACAAUGCAAGUGAAUGGAGGCCAGAACUUUGAAGCUCCCAAAAGCACAUAUAGGCAGCAUAAAAGUAAUCUGUAUGUCUUCUGAAGUGAUAUGAUGGGUGUGGGUGAGACACGAUCAAUAUUUAACUAUAUUGGAGUCGUAUGGAUUACUUUUAUGUGCUUUUUGGAGCUUCAAAAUUCUGGCCACCCUUCACUUGCAUUGAAUGGGACCAAUAGUGCUGAAAUGAAAAACCUUCAUUAAUGUUCAGCAGAAUAAACAAAGUCAUACAAGUCUGGGAUGGCAUGAGGAUGAGUAAAUGUGAGAGAAUGUUUAUUUUUUUGUGGAACUAUUCCUUUAUUUUAAAACUUUGGUAUGUGACUCAUUCUGCACAGUUUAUGCUAUGGGUGUGAGUGAUACACUUCAAAUCAUGUGGCUUGUUUAGGACAGAUGUUCUAUUACUUUUAAGUGUUUAGACUUAGAAUAUGUGCCUGGCAGACUAUAAAACAAGGACAAAUUUCUCAUUGCCUUUCAUGACACGGAACCCAAACCAUAUCUAAGGUCCAGAAUUUCACUGAGACUUGGGGGUGUGCUCUUUUUACACAGUAAGCAACAACAAGAACAACCUGAGAAUGCCUUAGCAACCGUAUAGCAACACCCUGGCAUUGUAGUGGCAAUUUUUGUUUGGCCAAGAGCUUCCAAUAUAGAGAUCUACUUGAAUUGUAGCAUCUGUAUCAUGUGCAUGAUUUUACCAAGUACAAUUUCCACAUCUACAUGUGCUAAAGACUUAUGAAAAAUAUGUGUGUUGCAUGAAAAAAUAACAAUAUGCUUUACACAGAGCAAUGGCUAAGAAAAUAUCUCUGGCAUUCAGGAGCUUGUGCAAACUGUCUAUGUCCGAACCACAUCAAAACAUGUGCUGCGUCACCGUCCCAACUCUUGCUGGGCUUAUGGGAGUGUCCAUAAAGAUCAAGGAGUGGCAUUGAAAACAAAAACAGACAGAAAUGAUAAAAAACAGGCACCUUGAUGACCCUCAAUUAUACACAACAACAUUCCUCAACUCUUAAUCGUGUGGAAAUGCCCUUGUCUUAAUGCUUCAGGAGUUCACAAUGUGUAAACAUGUAGUUGGAUGUCUGUCUGGUUUGUGAAAAUAAGUGUUUCAGGUGAAGAAACAUCCUGUAAUCAUUAAUACUGGUAAACGCUUUCAGACAACCAAAGCUAUAAGUCUGACAAUUUUCAUAUACAAUUCUAGAAAAAUUCUAAUAAUUGACAUUAUUAUAGACAUUAUCAUAGAAUACCAGUAGGUUACAAUCAUUUUUGCAAAAACCUGUAAUCAGGGAUGGGAGGGUUACUUUUGAAAUGUAUUCCACUAUUAAAAUGUAAUUUGUAACAUAUUCCGUUAGAUUACUCAAGGUCAGUAACAUACGCUAAAUACUUCGGAUUACUUCUUCAGCACUGGUAGAUUUUGACUAUUAAAAACUCUGUCAGUACAGUAAGACAAAAUACACAUGUUAAAAAUACAUUCUCUGAAAAUAUCUUAUGCAGUGUUGUUUCUAAAACAAGAUCAAUCCAAUUGAUCUUGUUUUAAGGAUUUUUAGAUAUGUUAACAGGAAAACAAUAUAAAAAUGAUCAUCAAGAACAUGAUUUUUGCCCUAAUAUCAAAGGUCUUACUAGAAAAAAGAAAUGAUGAUCCAACGUGAAUUUUCUUGAUAAAAAUAUGAUCGUCCUGGUAACAUCUACAUGCAAAAUGGCUAAUAAUAGCAUUUUAGCUUAGAGUAAAUGACAAUUUACACAAGGAUUAUUUCUAUUUCUUCUGCUCCAAACUUACUUCAAACAUCUUACGUCUGCUCAUAUGAAUGUAACACAUCAUAAGAAAGUGUUUCACCGCUGUUCAAAUGCACUUUGAAUUGCAAAAUUUAUAUAAUGUUUUCCAUCUUAAAGGACUAAAUAUUAAAUUAAACAAAUGACAAUAAAAUGCAAAGUAAUCUCUUCAGUAAUGAAAAUACUUUUUGAAUGUAACUGUAUUCUAAUGACCAAUUAUUUAAGUUGUAACUAGUUUAAUAAAGUUACUUGUAUUUUGUAUUUUAAAUAUGUAAUCCUGUUACAUGUAUUCUGUUACUCCCCAACCAUGCCUGUAAUAUUGCGUGCAUAUCGUUGCAUGCAU